AAAUUUAACUAUGAAGGGAGAAAAACGACGAUGGCAAGAUGAAAAAAAAACAAGUUGGAAACGGCUUUGUGUUUUUUUACCCUUCACUCCUGUCCUCUAUUUGAGUGCCAUCGUACUGUUGAGUGAUUGCUAUAACAUCCGUUUAUUCUUCAAAAUGAUGGUUCACAUUUAUCGUGGACUCAGACGUAUGUUGGUGUAUUGACUAUCUCAUCCCGGAAAGAGAGAUGUGCGUGAAUUUGCUAAUAUAAUAAAGUCUUCAUAUGCGGGACGUCUUCAAAGUAAGUCAUCAAGCUGUCAAGAACGUGUUUCAUUUUAACAAUUGGUGAAGAACGUUCUUCUCUCUCUCUCUCUCUCUCUCUCUCUCUCUCUCUCUCUCUCUCCGACCAAAUAAGUGCUUCUCUCUCGUGCGACAAAGCGAGUACUUGCUCUUAAUCGGUGUCGCUUGGCUCUUGUCGCGGGAAUGACACCGAAAGGAAAAUUUGAAUUAGAGUCUUAGCGCAUAAUCCGAUUCUCUCGUGCGUUGGACUCUCUAGCAUGCACGCCGUCGACGUUGAAAUCGACUGUUAGUCCGACGCCCAAUAAAACCAGACUAUUGCGUGUGUUUCAGGCGUACAGACGUGCCUGUUGCGCUCGAUAUACCCGUGCAACACGUGCGGCAAGACAUACAAAUGGCGAGAGUCGUUGAGUCUGCACAAACGGAUGGAGUGCGGUAUCGAGCCACGCUUCGCUUGCGGCGUCUGCGGCAGAAAGUUCAAACAUAAGCACCACCUCAUGAAACACCACAAGUCGAUCCACAAAUAUAUCCAAUGCGACGAGUCAGAUGAUCAUAGUGUUCCCGUGAUGUGUAGAAAGAUCUACGGCUGCAAGUCGUCUCUACGCGGUUUCGAGUCUCGAAGCGAGCACUCGCUCAAGACUUCGCGAUGGAGCGCAAUUUAUACGCAUCACGUAUCACUUAUAAUCUGUCUUUCAGGUGAAGCCGAUCAGAGGACCGUAGUAUUUCCAUGCAAGGUGUGCGGCAAAGUCUACUUUCGAAAGUCGUCGAUGUAUACUCACCUGCGACUAUGCGGACAAGAGCCCAAGUAUACCUGUGUUCUCUGCGGCAAGAAGUUCAAGUACAAACACAGACUGCAAUCACACCUUACGUCGAACGUGCAUGUGCGACGGCCACGAUGACGAUAAAUUGACGACUUGCAAAAGUCUACUUGCGGAAGACGUGGGUCUGCUUCCAGUGUGGUAAGCGUUACCUGUGGCGCGGCUCCCUGAAGAAUCACAUACGGGUGGAGUGCGGCAAGGAGCCGGCUUUCAAGUGUCCUGUAUGCGGCAGGAAGUUCAAGCACAAGCAUCGCUGGCAAUCGCACGCGAAGUGCAUGCACAGCAUUACUUUGUAACGCGAGGAAAAUUACGCGAAGAUUAUAAUUUCCUGCCAGAUCAUUACUUUUGCGUGUAUAUAUAUAUAAUUAGUAAUUUAGAAAGCAAGAGGAAGAGGGACGAAGAGACGGAGAAAGAGGACGAGAGAGAAAGAGAGAGAGAGAGAGAGAGAGAAAGUUUUAUACGAGAAAGUACCUUGUGCAAUAUUUUUAGCGAAAUGAACGGGAUACGCAGAGACGUAUCGACAAAUUUCGUUGAGUCUUCGUUUGUAUUGUACUUAGGGACUAAAUAAAAAAGGCAGCUUUAAGUAAAUAUAUUUUCUAACGGCGAGGUCAGUGAAUUUAUAGUCACACUACACUUUACAGUAACAGUGUUAGUGAAUUUUAUAAGUUUAAUUAAUAUUAAAUUUAGUAUUUAAGUUCUGUAAUAGAUCAGUAUUCAAAUUUAUGAAAUUAUACUACAGAGAAACUUUCUUCUUGAUUUUUUAAACUUGUACUAAAAUAAGACACGCAACUUUUGUGUAGAAAGCAUUGCAUCAAUUAUCUGGUUUAUUAUAGUUGAGUAUAUCUCUUCUUUGUUAUUUGUCAUUUUCUUUCAGACAAAAAUGUAUAUGCUUAUUAUAGGAAUGGGAUCAGGUAUAUUUUCAAUAGUAUUAACAUUUUGCGGUCCGCGGCCUACGCGAAGACGUUUGACUAAUGUGUUCGAACUUCUCGAACACAUAAUAUGAAAGUAGCCGCGCUUAUUUGGUUGAUUUUCUUCUUAUACAAAUGUCGAUAUAUAAAAAACUAUUGAACCUAGCGUAUUCACAAAGCUUUUAUCGGGAAGUUAAUUUUUUCUCUAUUAUUAAACAUCAUAAAAGUUAACUGUUUUGUGAGAGCUUUACUUUCUGAGACCAUUAAAAUCAUAGUCUAUUUUGAGCUGGAAAAAAGUCAAACAUAGAUAUAAUCGAUUUUUUAAACGCAUAAAUUAUAUCAAGAGGAUUAAUAAAAGAAUAGAAAACGUAUUUUUCUUCUAGUUUACAUGUGCUUGCAAACAUUGUUUUUUUCACUUCGGAUAUAAAUUAAUAUUCUCAUCGUCUGAUGAUUCUGACGAGAUUCGUCUUACUACACGUCGAUGAAAUAUCGGUAAUACAUCAUCUACGACUAUAUAAUAUGAAACAAAAUAAUAUAAAAUACGGCAUAAUACGAAACUAACCAGUAGAUAAAUAAACAAAUACAAUUAGAGAACACGUGUACGAUUGAUAUAUAAUAAAUCAAUGACUGAUUGUAAGAGGCGUAUUUACCUUCUACAUCUUGGAUUUCUUUAUCUGAAGAAAAAUCUGUGUUAGAUAACAUUUUUUGCUUUUCCUCAGCUCACAAUAGCGUUUACACUGCUAAGAUCUGUCGAUCGACUAGAAUCGAAAGACUAGUUCCGAAAGAACAAUCCUAACACUUGGAGCAAUCAUCACUUGUUUUGACAUAGCUACGAAUAGCUAUUCAUCUGUUUUGCAUGUUGCCAAUUGCUUAAAACCGUAUGUGUUUCGAUUUAUCGAUGAAACCAAUGUUGUCAGAUCGCGACGGCACAGUGCCGUCGACAGACUGCAACGUCGAAAUACGUACGACGGCACCAUGCCGUCGACGGACCGCAAAGUGUUAAUACAUUAUCUUAGCAGCGCGCACACACACACACACACGCGCGCGCGCGCACCAUUCUCUUUCUCGAAUAUUUUAUGAGUAUUUUUUGAACCAUAACUUUCUAUUUUGUAAUCGAAUCCGAUGUAAGUAUUUUAAAACAUAGCAACUUUUAUAAUUAAAAUAUAUCUUUUGCGAUUAUAUAUUGAUAUUGUUAUAUGUUUUUAAGUAAAGAGUGUAAGAUACCACAUUGGUUCAUUCGUAUCAAUGUCAAUGUUUGGUAGACACGCUUGAUUACAUAUUUGAUUAUAGCAAAUCUUUUUACAAGUAUGUGAAACAAACAAUUAAGUAUUAAGUAUUACUCGGUUUCAGUACAAUAAUACCUGAUUUCUUAAUCGACUUUAAUAAGACUUCCGAAUAUGUGUCGAAUUUGGUCCCAACCCUAAAUAUUACAGUGAUCUAAUUAUCAAUUGUUUUAAUGUUUUAAAUAUUUAAUAUAUACUUAACACAUUGUAUUUUUUUAUGUGUAUUUACGCAGAAUUAUGCAAGGUACUUUUCAUUUCUCUGAGUGCGGGCAAUUUUCUGUAUUGUACAAUUAACAAUAUCCAAAAUAGUUAGGAGAUUUAAUAAACGAAUGAAAGAUGGAAUGUACAUAUAUCACGGGACAAUGAAAGAUCCAAUCCCUUUGACGAUAUUUAUUCCGAAAGCGUAAGAACAUCGAUGAUCACCUUAUUCACCACAAUGAUACGAGCGAAAUUAGGUCCUCGAACACAACGAGAAACGAUCUAGAAAUUGAGGUAGUUAUUGCUUUGAUGCGCUUUCGAUGUUGCGGACAAGAAACGCGGAUCAAAUUGAUUAGUUUAAUAAUCACCGACGCUCUCUUUUCAGUAUCUAUCAAGUCCUGGUCGUGCUAUCGAUGUGGCAAGCGGUACAUGUGGCGGGACUCCCUGAAGAAACAUCUGCGAGUUGAAUGCGGAAAGGAUCCGACUUUCGAAUGCCCGAUCUGCGGCAGGAAGUUCAAGCAUAAACAUCGGUGGCAGUCGCACGCCAGAUUGAUACACUACAUCAACAUAUGACCGGCGAACCGAUCGAAGAAUCGCGAGGUUAUCGACAUGCGCGAAUCUUCUCGUUAAUCCUACUGUGUUAUUCUUUUAGGACGGAGUAGAAAUUUUUUUGUAAAUUAUAUAUCAUCGCAAAGUACUUUCAUCACGAAUCUAUCAACGAUACAAUCGUUGUUGAUGACGUUUAUAUAUUUGCUUUUUGAUUAUCUUUACGUACGAUUACACGAAAAUGAACGCUUAAGCGUUAUUGAAAAUUUGUAAAUAAAAUAAUUACGUUCAAAUAUACCUCGCAAAAAUUCUCUCGUCCAUAUGACUCAUUAUUAAUGUCUGUGACGUCGAGAUGGGACAUUUGUUCGUCAAUUAAUCACAACAGAGAAUGUUUGUCUAAUAUAUAAUACCGAUAUAUAACGUUUAAACAUGAGAUUCUAAUGUAAAACGCGUAGAACGCGUCUUGAGACUAUAAAAUCACGAAUAUCGUUACGUUUCGAUAUUCUACUUGUAAAAUAAAAUUGAUUGUGCUUCAAUCACAAAUUUAUAAUUAAUGACGUAUUCAUUAACGACACGACCACCGCAUCGAAAUCUUGAUUCUCUUGUAUCGAUCGCGCCUGCGACGAUUUUCCUUUGAAGACGUUACUAAUCAAAAACCACUAUCACUUUCAGGGAACGAGAAAAUGAACCUCAAGUUUAAUGCGAUCCUGAUGUCUUGUCCGGACUGUGGGAGAAGUUAUGAAAAAACAAUGUUGAGAUAAAUGUGAUAACAAUUUUUUGAUAGAUAAUUACGUUUUUUUCCUAAACGCAACGAAGGUGUACUUAACUCAUAAACAACAUUUAGUGUUGUAAAAAAAAUAUAUAUUUAUAUUAAUCAAAAAUGAACACUGUUUGUCAUUUAACGAAUAGACUAUUCUUUCGACCUUCCGAUCGAUUUCUGAUCGUUUUCUCAUCAAUUGAAUGUGCGAAAUUUUGAUUUAGACGACAAUAAAGAACUUAUUGCCUCGUUAACAUUAACUGUGAUUAAAUUAUCCUAUUUUAUUUAUAUUAUUGAUGAAACUAUAACUUAU